AUGUCUCAUUACCCCGCCAUGGAUCUCGACGAAGAGUUGUUCUCUUUUCUCCCACAGGAGGCCGAGGAACACUUGGACCGGCUGGAAAUCCGCAUGGUCGCAGUUAUCCAGGCUGUUCUACAAGAAUUCAUUCGAAAUCUUACACCUGAGUCACAGCUCCAAUGGGAGUUCGCUUACAAUCUAGUGGAUAGCUGGAUCCAGAUGCACAUGGACCAGGGUAUCUCACAGCAGGGUCUAGAAACAGAGCUCUCAAACUUAAAAUCUGGUGGGGCUCUCGCAUGUCAUAUCCGAGCUCAGAACUGUGGAUGGGUUGCCUAUUAUGAUAGAGAGAAAGACUCUCUGCUCAUUGACGCUUUCGAGGUAUCCUGCGAAGAUGCACCGGUACUUUCCUCUUCAGGGGGACUCAUACGCCACUUCCCGGGAGUCAGCGUCGCAAUAUCCGGGCACAAACUCAAUGACCCCUUGUUCUGCUCCUAUCUGGCCUCCUCCGUCUCUCAGUUAGCAUCUGAGGAGGUUAGUGAUAUGGCGCCAAAGACCACAAAAGCCAACACAAAGGUGGAUGAACAUCGGGAGACCACCCAUCCAGGUCUCAUAACCGAAGGGUUGAUGACGGAGCUGCUCGCACUCGGAGAACAUAAUCAAUAUCCUGACAAGAUCCUGAAUCAACUACUGCUCCGCUUUACUGCCAUGGAGGCGCUCUCCCGCUCUCCAGCUUGGCUUGUACUUCGAGUUGCCCUUCAGGUAGUCUUGCGGCGUUGCUUUGCCGAAAACGAGGACCGGAUGCAAUACAAGAAUUUCAUACUAUUUCUCAUGGCAAGGCUUUCAGCAGGAGCCAAUAUCUACAGAGAUCCAACCAACGCUGUGGACUGUUGGGCAAUAAUACGUCAACGGCUUGGCCGGCGGAUCUUUAAGCUGGGGCAUGACGUUUUCCCAUUUGUUGCCGAGGAAGUGACAUUCACAAGUAACCAUUUGCUUGACAAACUGAAGUGCAUUCAGACCCAGAUCGGAGCGUCUGAUGGGGCUGAUAUUCCAUUUGUUCCACCAUCAGCCUCACCAGAAGACCUGCACAUGUCACUAGUCAACUCCAGACCCUACCUUCAAGCUAAGAUGCGUUUGUCGCCCGAGAAAGUGCGAAGAACGCGAUUUGACCCAACUGAUAAAAUCAACUUGAGUUGGAGCGAUGGGUUCCCCGUUCUGAAACACGGCUCGGUAGCGGCACUCGGUGAAUUUGAGGAAUGGGUCGAGGAACAUCUGCAGUCCUGGUUCGAGGCCCAGCCCACUUCAAAAUAUGAACAAGCGUGUCUUAAGAUUGGAGAUGCGAUUGAGCAAUAUUUCACACUCGCGCAGUUAAAGUAUCAGGCCGAUCCACGGGCCACGUCACUUAUGGUUUUGGUGCUGGUGGAGCUGUGGGCUGUUCUGGACAAAAUUGCUGUCCAAAUCUGUCCCCUGUUGGAGGCGUUCUCGCCGGAAGUACCGCAGAGGUUUCUCGAACCAUUACUACUUCCUAAGAUGAGUGAAAUGAGACGAGCAAGAGAUAUAGAGCACCAUCUCAGCACACGACACGAAGAAAAGGUUGAAAAUUACCCGAGUAUCUUCAGUGAUCCAGAACCAAAUUGCUUUGGUGCUCAGUACUUUGACCGCUCUGACUAUCACCAAAAGCUCGAAGUCAGCAUUGAAAAGCACGCAACCCAACUCCGGGAGCGCAAGUGGUUGGAAUGGAAAGAUUUGCACGCGGAGUACAAAGAGCUACAAGACCAGGCAGCGCAACUGGAACAUCGGCAUCAUUAUGGCUACAACCGGAGGCGCCGAUUGGUUUCCCUGACUACUGGUUAUGAAGAGUGUUCCAUCAUUGGCAAAGCCAAUCAACUCUCCAUUGAAGUCUACGAAUGGCCGCUGCCUCCAGAAGAUAUCGCUCGAAAAUGCGCUGUAUUUGAACUCGACAUACCCAUUUGGUUUGCUUCCUGGCGUAAUGUGACCUGGACACUGGUUGAUGAACUGCCGCAAAGGCCGAUGAGCCCGGCAGGCAACGUGAUAUUCAAAUGGCUCAACUACACCGGAGUCAACGAGUUCAAGGUCAGGCGGCACUCGAAGCUCGAGUUGGCAUCGAAUAGAAAACCCUGGGGUCAUACUCGGGAACAUCGCAGUCUCCCUGUGACAUUUGAGGUAGUCUGCCCAGAGAACGCGCUUCGAUUGAGGCUUCUUGACAGUAACCAAUCUGCCUGGGUCAGCAGUCAGACUGAAGUACCAACAGUCAAGACCAUGUGCACUAUUCAACUACCUCCCGGGCCAUAUUCCAAAUUGCAAUAUACCGUCAAUUCUCCUUCCCAUCACCAGAACGAAGUUCUCGCGAGCCAGGCAGACUGCGAUAGAUUGCUUGACUUAGAUGAAUUCAUUGCGUACGGAUGCCUUCGUUCUGGUGAAAACGUGCAAUGGCAUAACAUCUUGCGGGAGCUGGCUUCUUCAGCUCUGUUGUCUCCCUCAUCCAGCAAACAGCCUGGGAGCUUGGAACACCAUCCUCCAACCCGUACUCCAUUCGAAGUUACCCAUCGAGCCUUUGAGGAUAUUGGUUUUGGAGACCGUCUCCUUCAAACCUUGCAAGGCCUACUGGAGGCUAUAGAGAGAAACUGGAACGAGUAUUGGACGUUCGAGCUCGUCGUUACACUUGCGGUCCGUACAUUGGCUUUGUCAAAUCAAUCGCCGUCCCCUGAGAGCGUUAUCAACUUUUUGAGACAGUGCCGGCAAGUGGCAAUGGAAUGGUGUGACAGCCUGAGCGAAGCUCUUUCGACCGAUCAAGGGGAGGAUGUUGGGAAAAAGCAGCAGAUCAUACUUCGAGUUGCAUCAAUCUGUCAAACGACUUAUGAUGUCGAGCGGACUCAGAUGUCUCAAGUUAUCAGCAGCUCUCAGGACCUCUUUUGCUUUGUUCGAUCCUCGCUUCUGCUCUUUGAGAACGCACCUUCCGAGACUUGCAAACUUCCCGGUUCGGUCAAGACUAUGGUAGAGAACUGGCAAAAGAUCGCGUUUCGGAUAAGAGAAAGCGUGAAAAACUUGAUCAUGACGCAUCCUUCUGGACUGAAUGAAGCUAUACACCGUGGCAUCAGCUGCCUUGAGAUAUCGGAGCCCUGGAGUAUCUGCGAAGGAUCGAACACCUCGGUAGCUACCAGAACUGGAAGUACUUUCACAGGCUUUUCACAGCAUGUCCAUUUCAACUAUCUUACGGGGGAGAUUCUGGUAGAUGGAUCCCCUCCAGGAAAGCUACCUCGCAGCUAUCUGAGCGACCCCCUUUAUCAACGGCUUUUUGGAUCGGUUCAUUUCGGGAUGGCAGCAGGGGAGUUCUUCAUCAAAACUCGGAAGGGCUCUCAAAUACUGCAACUCAUACCGCAUGCCGUGUUCCAAGAGGACUUCCCCAGACCAUUUGUCACUGAGUACUAUCAUUGGCUGAAUCUGCAGACUGGCGCUGUCGUGUUUCGUCCACUGAACCAGCCUUGGAAAUCUUGCGAAAGCAAUUGGCGUUUGUCAUUUGAUCCUCAAAUGCCUGAUCAAAUGCUCAUGCAGGCGGGGUCGAAGACCUUGGUCGAUAUACGCAGCCGACCUUUCGCGCUACUUGGCGGUAUACUGAAUGUACUUGACAAGACCGAGGAAAUUAUACUGGUGCAGACAUCCACGGGAAUUCUAGAGGCAGAACUGAACCGCCUGCGGUUGAAGUUCUUUGUGAACAGCGACGGACGUGUGGUUUCCAAGGAGUUUGGUGCUUUCGUUGACUCCACGCAAAGGAUCGGCUGCUUGUAUGGGUUAGUGGAUAAACUUGUCCUCGUCGAUUCUUCGAACGCUAGAUGUGUGAUUGUUCCCUACGGCGAGCCUAUCGUCGCUCGAAAGGGUUACCAUGUUUCGUUGAAAGUCAAUCGACCGGAAGGGGGUCGUGUGAAGUACAUGGUUUAUUCUAUGGACACUCACCUCCAAAUUCUGCGAUGCUCUGACAGCCUGGCGGCCAUAUAUCAAGCAUAUCUGCAUGCGCUCACGUCCUUUCCUAUCCCUGAUCACUUCACUCACCGUUCGGGCACCGCGGAGGCUAUCCGUAUCCUACGUCAAGGGUGUUUGAGGUCCUCGUUUCCACUCAACAAUGACUGCAUCAGGAUCCUCAAAAGCAUUGCUGCCCUCACCCCAGUCCGUGGAUUCCACCCUCCAAAACUCUGUGUGAUGCAGAUAGUUGCAUGGUCUGGUGUCCUAGGUCAACUCGCUCAGGAUGAUGAUUUCCAGCCCCUGUCGCUAGAAAUUCUCGAGUUCGCUGAUCAAUUCGCGUCAUUUCACGGCACCAAGCCGAGGGCACAGCAUGUUGCAUAUGCAGGCAGUACGAAUCUACUUAACCGUGCUCGAUGUCGGAACGAGCAAUUGAGAUGCUCUGAGGUCCGUGGGCCUCCGUCUCUAUACACGAAGAAAACAUACCUCUCCCGCGAUCAGGACGUCAGGAGCCCGCGCAGCAACCGUGUGUAUGAAUUGACAGCUCUGGUCAGAGACUGGCCUUCAGCAGUGGAUCAUUCGUCUAACAUUGUGGAGACAAUGAGGAAAUUCACAAAUGUCUCAACCCACUCACCCAAUUUGAGCGACUCCUCCUGCUCUCAGCUUAUGGGCUUAUCGACCGAAAGAGACUGGGUAGCCCUCUACAACUUCUGUCGCUCGAAAUCUCGAUCUCGUGACACCUAUUCUUUAAUCUCCGUUUUGGCUAAGGUCGGUUUCGGUGGCAUCAUUGAUCAAUCUGUCCUUCUCCAAUUACUCUCGAUUGCUUUCUCAGCAAGUUGCCGUGAGAUUCCUUGGCCAUGCAGUCAAGUGACUUCUUUCGAUCUGACGAGGGGUGAGGACUUCAACAUCAGGGAGAUUGAAACCGCAAUCUGGGAGUGUUAUACGCCGUUCACACCUAGCACCAACGGCACGAUGCCAAACCAACAUAAGGAGUGGGCUAAUCGGAGACUCCAUGUUGCCAGUGGCCUACCAGAACUCCCGGACUUCCACCCCAAAGCUCAGUUCCAUUGGCUAUGA